AGAAUCCUAGGGAUCCACAGGUGAGGCGUCUACUUUCAAGAAGCAAAGGAAAUGAUAUUUAGAUGCCGGAAGGAUCUCCUUUAUUGAAGAAGGAGGGGGGAGGCAAAACAAGAAAACCCGAAUCACGCUACAACAGUCUCGUCAUCGACUCACUUUUCUCCCUCGAGCUCAGCGAUGGCGCAACUCCCGACGAAGGAAGGCUCCCUUCCUUUUGAGGUUCCCGGGAGGAAGGAUAUCUCCUGUUCGACCUAUUACAAGAUUGUUGGGGACCUUUCAAGUGGCGCCCCGCCCCUGGUUGUUGCACAUGGUGGCCCCGGUGCUGGCCAUGACUAUCUCCUGUCUUGGGCGGACCUUUGGCCGCAGUACGGCUUGCCAGUCGUCUUCUAUGAUCAGAUCGGGUGUGGCUCAUCAACACAUCUGCCGGAUACCCUCGGCGACACCAGCCUGUGGCAGGAGUCUACGUUCGUGGCCGAGCUGAACAAUCUCAUUGAUCAUCUCAAUCUGCGCGAUGGCCCUGGCUUCCAUCUUCUGGGCCAAAGCUGGGGCGGGAUGUUUGGCGUUACUUUCGCCUCUGGCCGGCCACGAGGCUUGCAGAAGCUCGUGCUCGCCAAUGCGCUGGCCAGCAAGGAGCUUUCCAGCCAGGGCUAUCAGCUGAGGAUCCAGGAGAUGCCGCCAGACAAGCGGGAGGUACUUGAAGACUGUCUCAAGAAGGAAGACUUCGAGAGCCCGGCGUAUCAAGGGGCUAUGAUGGCUUUUUACAAGUUGUAUCUCUGCCGAGAUGAUCCGUUCCCACCGUCGCUAUUGCCGAGUUUCAAGAACAUCGGCGAAGCCAAAGCUGUGAACCAGACUAUGAACGGCCGUUCAGUUCUGAUCGGAGAUGGCUCGAUGAAGGACUGGACAAGCAUCCCCGGUCUUCCUCAAGUUACUGCCCCGACUCUCGUCUACAACGGCGAGUUUGAUUCCUCGCACGACGUCGCUCAAGUGCCCUUCUUCGAACUCAUACCUCGCGUGCGCUGGAUCACGUUUGCUGGAGGCAGCCACAUGUGUCAUCUAGAGAGUGGUGGGCUCAAAGAAAAAGUUUUCAAAACCGUGGGUGAUUUUCUCACGCAGGGUCAGGACAGGCAAGGCAAGCCAGCCGUACAAGGCUGAUGGAAGGAAGGGAACUGUAUAGAUAGACGGAGUAUGUUGUGUGAUAGAACUGGUCAUGAUCAGAUCUUGCAGUGUCCACGUUUUC